UGGUCGAUUUGCCUGUCGGCGGGAGACAUUCAUAUUGCCGAGAUGAUUUUAACAUUGGAUUUCUGAGCUUGUUAUUGUCGCUGUCUGUGGUUGAAGACAGUCGGACUACGCCUCAAAAUGAGAAGAGCGGCAGAAAAUCAAAGAAACACUCUAAUAUUUCCCCCCCCGCGAGUGAUACAGGGAAGGCCCUUGUAUUCCAGCUCUUGACCCCAUUUCACAUCGUUAUUCCAGGAGACUCCAAUGAAACCCUCUGAGCACCUUAACGGGCUUUCUCACCCACCUCCCAGGACAAUGUUGCCACUUCGUAGUCCUGGGAUGUGGGACAGACUUGGUCCAUCUAGGCACCCUAUCCCACCACAGCAACCUCUUUCAACACGGCACUUUCUUCAACCUACGGGACCAAUCCAUUCUCCAGGGUUUGUCCCAAGCAGCCCAUCUCACAUUGGCUCCCCAGUGAAUCGGCCCCACCCCCUGGCAGGUUGCAGAUUGGCCCCUCUGCAGAACCAACACCAUCAACCUCCGCAGUCUCUCUGCUCAUCGAGGUCUGAUCCUGUCAGCACGACUAACAGUGGUACUACAGCGUUUCCUCAGUUCAUGAAGGAUUUAAGUAACCACUCCCUGUCGUCCCACAUCAGGAGAGAGCAAGGGACUGAAUCCAAGGUCACUUUGUCAUACUCGGGAAGUAAAAAUGUAAUACCACAAAGGCAAGCGUCAAGCAAGGAUCAAUCCAGUGAUGUGCGGAGUUCCAUAGAGACAGUCGAGCUCCGCAGGCCCCCUAUGAGCCCGUCAUUUUACACCAGAGGUAUUCAAGGAGUUCCCCCGCGGCCCACCUCGGACUCAGAGCGUCGGGGCCACUGGUCCUCUUCGGGCUACCAGCCUUCUCCCAGUACCCAGCCGUCUUACAGAAGUAGUGGUUCCAGUUUACCUCUUAUGCACAAUCUCUUAUCCCAUGGCCAGGAACAACAUAAACAAACCCCUCCGAGUGAAAACAUAAUUCCAGUUGUUGAUUUGAAUUGCACAUCUCAGAAGAGGCACAGAGAUUUUCAAGACCUUGACGACAGUCCCAAGAAAAUGUGUCUUUCGACUAUGAAUUCUGGCCAAGCACAGACACCAAAGCCAACUGUGGGCCGCUCACUGAGCGCAAUGCUGACUCCGCUCUCAAAGACGCAUUCGUUAGCCUUGGAACGGUCCCCCGAAACCUCAAAUCGCCUUCUUUGCAGAAGACCAUCUUCGGGCCAAUCGCCGUGCUUGGAACUGUCAUCAGCGAUUAAUCCCGCCCAGUCAUCCUGUGCAUCCACGUCACUCAAACCUUGUAUAAAGAAUCGGCCAAUGAUGGGAGUAAAGCAAUCCUUUUUAAAGCACACCCAGGAUGACAUCUUGAAGUUAAGAUCACCUUCAAAAAGUCUGGAUGAAGAGAGUUUGAAGCAGUCGGUUCCCCUGGAGGACACGGGUGGUGCCCCUCGUGUUCAGCCAGGCACCAACAAGUCCGUUCAUACUGACGCCAGUACCUCAGGCGUACCAGCCAACGCCGUGAGCAGAGGCGAUCACACAGAGGAGAGCAGGAAACCGGGCACCAGCACUCCCAAACAUUGCUCAAAAACAAGUACGGCGGAGCGAAAUAAAACAUCCCGACUGCGAAGGCCUGUUGCGAUCCCGAACGAUCUAGAUGAGCUUUUCACUCCGGAUCCUCUGACGUAUGUUGUCAGCUCUGGCCAUAAGACCCCGAAGCUGGCCGGGAUCAAAUCCCCCUCCUCAGAGAACAGCAGUUCGUCCAGCACUGUGAACCACUGCAGUCUUCCGACUAAUGGAUCCUCCUGUCGAAUGACGAGUUCACACAUGGCAGACACCAAAGUGUUAUCCCAGUCGUCGGCUCAUCACGCAAAAGCCACCGUGCCGACUGUGGCUUUAGUGCGGGUAAAACUUGAACCCUUAAAAUACACAUGCCCAAAAGACUCCAAAAAGAGCCCCCUCACUUCUUCAGUUAAGAAGCCGAAAGAGGACAUUCUAAAAUCGGACGACAAGCCCACACCUCUCCUCCCGAACCAAGGGAGACGCGGUGAGUUAGAGACCGGCCCCGCAACCUCCACGUCUCACUGCUCUCGUCUUCUACCGCUGGAGAGGCGAGCGAGUGAAGGGCGCCGGAGGCCGGCGAGCGAAGACGACCCAAUCGACCUGGACCUGGACCUGGGCCUGAGCUUUGCGGUAGAUAUGGAUCUAACCCAGAGCUCCCAAAGCAGUGAGGAGGAGCAGCUUCUCUCCUUGCAGGAGAUGAUGGAGCGUGUCAGCAAGCCUCCAGCCACGCCAGGGAAGUGGGCUUUCUCAGAGCCGGGCACACCCGGACAUGACAGCAGCCCGUCGAAAACUCAGCCGUUGCCAGCCACAAAGUUGGGCAUUUACAAGAACAAUCUCGACCAGAUGCUGGAGGAAAUCAACAUCAAUAAAAGAGCUAAAGAGAUUGAGACACAACUUCUAACUGCGUGUCAGGAGGACCUGCUGAGGAUAGCUGAAUAUGAGGAGGCGGAGGAGAACCGGGAGGAGGGCGUCUCCAGUGAACAAAAGGAAUUCCUGCAGCGCUACUCUUUGAUGUCCAACGCAAUCAGAGAAGUACCUCCGGGAGAAGCAGUGUUCAACCUGGAGAGAUUUGGCCAGAUCUUUGACGAGGAGACGCUGCAGCUCAGACGCUGCACGGUCAACCCACAGGGCAUGGCGCAGAAAACGCUUCUUUGGUCCAGUCCUGCCCAACUCAGGUUGCAUCUAAAUAUCGGAUUGUUCCAGGAAGCUUACGAUUGUCGCUCGCCCUGUCCAACUCAGGUUACCCGUUUCCUGUUCAAGAUGAUGUCAGUCCAUAGUGAGAGGCUGGUCUGUGAAAAGAUACUCCAGGCUCUCUGCGACAUCGCCUGCACUGCUGCUUAUCAGAUAGUGAAAAAUGAAAGCCAGCAGUUUAAAGUUUGGGUGCCCAGUUUAGCUGAUGUGGCGCUGGUUCUGUUGAAUAUGGGAGUUUCGUUCGUUACUCUUUUCCCUUUUGAAAAUCUGCAGCCUCCCUUCACCGAGGGAGAUCUGCUUGAGGACAUUCAUAUCAAAAGUGAGAGUCCCUCCAGUAAGAAGGAACCAAAAACUUUCCCUGAACACAACAUCAACAACAUCUUGACGUACCUGUCUUACUGCAUGGGCCUCUGUCCACGAGUGUACAGCGACGACGAGCUGCUGCUGCUGCUGACCGUGGUGGGGAAGGUGGGCCUGGACUCGCGGCUCCUCCUCACGUCGAGUACCGAGCUGUACCCUCUGCAGUGCAAAAUCGUCAACAACGUGAGGGACUGGGACACCAUGCUGCCACGAAUCUGCAUGAACCUUAGUGAUCUGACAGAUGACCACCACAACAUGUGCCUGCUAGUUCAGCUGCUUCCUCAAAACACGCGUGGGAAACAACUGCGUCGACAUCUGAGCCUGUCCAUGAUCUCGAAGCUGUUGAACGGAACGUGCACCUACAGGCCGAAAGAAACCGAGUUUGAGCUCUCUGAUCUGAGGCCCUUCCUGCCCCGGAUGCAGCCCUCCGCGCUACUCCGAAGCAUGUUGAGUCAGAGAAAUAAAGAGGAGGACGUAGCCACCUUAGACCAACAGUCCUACUACCUCUGCUAUAGCCUUCUGACUUUGGCAAAUGAAGCGUCAAACUAUCCAUUCUUCCCAGCUAAUCAAAAGACACAGCUGCUGUCUAUGUGCUCCGAGCUGGAAACGCACGUUAAGUGUGACAUCAGAGAGAGUGAGAAAUGUCUUUAUCGGAGCAAGGUGAAGGACCUCGUGGCCAGGAUCUACACCAAGUGGCAGAUGCUCCUUCAGAGGACCAGGCCUCUCCAUGGCAAGUUGUAUGAUUAUUGGCAGCCUUUGCCUGUUGAUACAUUGACGAGCAGCCAAGAGGAGUAUGAGAUGGACAACAGCGAUGAUGGAGAGGGGCCAGUGUUCCAGGAGGAAGAAGAGAGACCCAAUGACGCCGAACAGAUUUUGAUCAUUGACGAGGACGAGGACGAGGAAGACGAUACAACGGAUGACACAAACGAGACCGAGAACUACAUGACGGCAGAAGAAACGUUAGGAGACGAUACAAAGGAGGAAACGCAUGAGACCGGGGACGACAUGACGGCAGAUGACAUGUUUGGAGAUGAUAAAAAGGAGGAAACCAAUGAGACCAGGGGCGACCUGACUUCAGAUGACAUGUUAGGAGAUGAUAAAAAGGAGGAAAUCAAUGAGACCGGGGACGACAUGACUGCAGAAGACAUGUUUGGCGACGAUACAAAGGAGGAAAGGCAUGAGACGGGGGACGACAUGACUGCAGAAGACAUGUUUGGAGACAAUACAAAGGAGGAAACGCAUGAGACGGGGGGUGACAUGACUGCAGAAGACAUGUUUGGAGACGAUACAAAGGAGGAAACGCAUGAGACGGGGGACGACAUGACUGCAGAAGACAUGUUUGGAGACGAUACAAAGGAGGAAACGCAUGAGACCGGGGCCGACAUGACUUCAGAUGACAUGUUAGGAGAUGAUAAAAAGGAGGAAACGCAUGAGACGGGGGGUGACAUGACUGCAGAAGACAUGUUUGGAGACGAUACAAAGGAGGAAACGCAUGAGACCCGGGCCGACAUGACUUCAGAUGACAUGUUAGGAGAUGAUAAAAAGGAGGAAACGCAUGAGACCGGGGACGACAUGACUGCAGAAGACAUGUUUGGAGACGAUACAAAGGAGGAAACGUGUGAGACCAGGGACGACAUGACUGCAGAAGACAUGUCAGGAGACGAUACAAAAGAGAAAACCAAUGAGACCGGCGAGAACGACAUGAGGCAAGAAGAGUUGUGCGAAGAGAUGGAGCCUAAAGAACAGGAGCAAACGGAGGCUGGAGGCGAGGCACGUAGUCAGGUGGUGUCUGGAAAAGAACCUGUUUGAGACCUGAGAAGCUUCUCACUUCAACCAAGUCGCAGCAUGUGACUUGGUGUCAUUUUAUUCAUCAUCGGCUCUUGGAUUAUUCUUAAGCCCAAUUUGCACAUUUCCUCUCCCCCUCCAUCCUUAACCCCCCCCCCCCAAGUUUCAUCUUCAGUCCAAAUACUAUUUGUAUAUUUAUGAAUAAAAACAUUUUAGAAGAGAGCACAAAGUGAGUGUUGCUCACAAAGAAAAAUCUUGUUUUUUAUAUAUUGAUAAAUAUUAUGUGAAUGACUUCUAUUUGUGAAUGUUUUAACUUCUUUAGUUCUGUUCUGUAUGUUGCUGCUCUGAAGUGCUGUGUUUAAAAAGAGGGAUUCUUUCACCUCCUUUUUGUGCUGUUGUUAAUUUAGAGAAUUUAAGUCAUUUCUCGCUGUGUAACUGUGCUAAUGGGAAGCUCAUGUACCACUUUCUUCUACAAAACAGCCUCAAGUGUAAACGUGUCACACACUGUUCAAAAUCUACUCCCCUAUGCAACAGUUUUACUGAAAGUUAAAUUCAUUUUUAGAAACCAAGACGGUGAUGAGAUUUGCCUACAGCAGGUUUUUUCCCCCAGGUCCGUCUGGUCAUAGCAGGAAAGGUACAGGAAUUGACCAAUGCCAGUAAGCAAGAAUGGUGUGACUGAAAGCCAAGGACUUCAAUGGAAUACGGCCAUCAUUUUAAUAUUCACACCUGUGCUUGUCUUAUUGUGACGUACUAUUAAAGUAACUGUAAAUAGUUUCAGCAUACACAUAAUCUUGUUUUUGAUUCACUGUUGUAAUUUCACUGUUUUGUUGGAUGUGUGCAAUUUUUCAUAUUCCCCCUUUGGGAGAAUUUUUGUUUUAAAUUAUAAAUACUUUGUUUUGUUUUUUUAUAGCUGUUGCCAAAAAAAUAACGUUGUGGACAAAAUAAAGAAUAUGGUCAAUAUUUUGCCUUACUGA